AUGGAGGACAGUGGGGGUAACAGGUACGACUCAAGGUCAGCCGGUGACUUGCGCCACGAUCCGCCGAGGAGAUACAAAGAUUUCAAGCGAGAAGACGAGUACGAGCUGCACCUGCCGCCCAAAAGGUUUCUCGAGAAGAUCGAGGAUGCGACGGAGGCACCGGAGCCGCUUACAGGUUUUCUGGCAAAGCAAAAGGAGAUCAAACGGUUGGUUUGCAAGCCGUACUAUCCAGUACCGGAUGUUGUGGACCAGCCGUACGAGACUCCGAGGAAAAAUCGGUUGAUCAAGGAGAGGCCUCUGAAAAUCCACGCAAGGACAAAGGGUAAGGUGCUGGAAGAGGAAGUGGUACCGGUUGCCGUGAAUAAAGCCGAGGUAAAAUUUGCCGAUCAGUUGGAGUUAAUCGAGAACUUGAGGUCCGAUCCGAAGAUCGGCUUUUACUACAUGGUCUACGGAGUCGAGCGAUCGUCGGAAUUUUUCACUCCCUACGCGCUCAAAGUGGUGCCCUACAAAAAAAUCGGCAAGGUCUACAUGACGAUGAGCCCCGAUGGGGUCACGCAGUACAGCUCUACGGAAGUAACCUUCACUCCCAUCGCUGAAUGGGAACGCGAGUACAGGUUUUACGAGCUUGUUACGCAGAUCAAGAUGUUUAAGGAUUAUUUGAAGUGGAAGUCAUUUUACGUGUGGAAAAAAGUAGUGAUGUAUCGCAAGGUCAAACGCGCCAUGGAUCACCUCAAUAAAAAUCUGUUUCUCUGCGACGGAAUUUUACGCGACGUUCUAUUGAAAAUCAAAGGGUUGUGCUGCAGAUUUUUAAACUCCUCACUGGUCGAUACUUCAGUUGUGCAGAAUCAUCCGCUCUUUGGUUUUGUUGAGAUUCAAUUUGCCAAACUGGAAUACAUAAAGGACCGAUUGACCGAAUAUAGAUCAAUCGUGCAGAGUAUCAUAAAUGAGGCGUCUCUGAAGUCCCUUCUCGAAGCCGGGUACACGCCCGACGAUUCGAACAUAACGUUACAACAAACGGUGCUUGGAAAAAUCGGGGGCAAGGUGAGAAUGCCAAAGGAUGGCGUAUUAAAGAUGAGCUACACCGAUCAAGUGAAGAAACGCAAGAGAUGUUUCCGCAUAUCGAGCUUAAUCUACCUGGUCGACUACUACCAGCUGUUUGUGCUGCAAAAUUUUUUGCGCAACACCUACGCUGAGCUGAUCAGCAUUCUCGAGAAGCACACGAGCUACCUACCACCCGAGAGCGAGUUCGAGAACGCGAGCGUUGGUUAUACUUUAAAGAGCUCGAGGCCCAGUUCAUCCAGUGCGGAGGAACAGUACCCCUACUUCGUGGUAGAUUUGAUGAUCGAUCCGGCGCUUGGAGUCGUGCUGGAUCCGCACGAAAACGUCUUUUGGCACGUCGUUACGAACUUACAAGACACUUGGGAGGAAACAUUGGUUGAUGUCAAGCCAUACCUCUCAGACGAGCUUUUUCACCCUUUUACGAGACCUCUGAUAAACAACAAAAUCGAGGAUCCCGUGCGUAGCGAGCCGCCAAACCUCCCGCGAGUCAUAAGCGAAGACCCGCACCUGUUGGCCUCCAAGGAGAAAUUCAAAUCCAUCCUCGAGACGAACUUCAAGGCGGCCGAGCGCUACUGCGCGCGCUUCGCCCACAUCUACGCGAGCUACAAAGCAGCCAGGAGCCUCGAGGAGAGCGAGAUCCGCGCCAACGAUAAAUGCGACGUCUUCCGCAGCUGGUGCGACCGCCUCAGCAGCGACGAGCAAGAGAUCAACAGCGCCGUCGACGAACAACCGCUGGGGAUCUUUUACGUCAAACUCGGCCGGUUCAAGGAGUGCGCCCUGCCCGCGACCAACGAGAAACAAGCGAUACUCGCCAAUGUCAUGCCAGAGCUGGGAAAACAGCGCGUUCUCUCGCUUCGGGAGGAAGCCACGGACGCCAUAGACUUCCUCAAGUCGGACCCGGUGUCUACCGAGGAAUACGUCGAGUACAUAAAAUUCAUCGACAGGGUGCAGCAAAAGCUCGACGGCAUGGACAACCAGAUGGACUUUGUUAAAGAUCUUUACGAUAUCAUGAGCGAGUACGGUAUAAGCGUCGAUCCGGAGGACAUGACGUGCUACUUGGGUAUCAGCGUUUAUUUUACGUCCCUGAGGCUCAAGGUCGAAAAGUGCCUCGAAGAGAGGACCAAGCUCAUCACGAGGUUCAACAAGCAAAUACAGAAGGACAUUAGCGCGCUUAUCGACAAAGUCCAGGACAUCAACGAAGAAGUCGCGCAACCUUGGCUGCUGGACAGCGAGAGCAACGCGGACGUCUGUCUGGAGACCCUGAGGGAGCUCAGCGAUCGUUUGACCAAGUGCGCGAACCUCGGGGCCGACUAUCGCUCCUACCAGAAGGCCUUCAAGGUCGAAAUGACGCGGUUCGACGUGCUCGAUCAGGUGUUGAACAACGCGAAGCUGCGCACGCUGCUUUGGGAGAGCCUGGCCGAGUGGGAAGACGUGACGGCCGGCUGGUACGAGGCUGAGUUCGACCUGCUCAACGUCGAGGAGCUGAACGCCUUUGUGACCAAGUACCUGAAGAACAUCACGCAGUUCGAGAAGGGACUGCCGGCCAACGACAUACUGCCGGUGCUCAAAGAGAAAGUCGAGAUGAUGAGGGACAAGCUGCCGACGAUCGGUUACCUGCGCAACCCGAACUUCCAGCCGCGGCACUGGCUCAAGAUCGAGACGCUUUUAGGGCACACGUUUGAUCCCGACGUCACUUUGAGUCUGAACCUUCUCGAGGAGCUGAAGGCCUUUCAUUAUCCUGACGAGCUCAUGGAAAUAUCGGGUGCCGCGAGCUCCGAAGCUGGCCUCGAGCUCAUGCUGAAGAAGGUCGAGGACGCCUGGAAGACCAUCGACUUUGCCGUCGUCAACCACAAGGAGUCCAAGGACGUAUUCAUCCUGGGCUCGCUCGAGGAGGUGCAAGCCACUCUGGACGACAGCAAUAUAUCCAUUCAGACGAUCGCUGCGUCGAGGCACGUGGCGCCCAUCAAGCCUAGAGUCGACGACUGGGUCAAAAGACUGGAUCUCUUCUCAAAGACUUUGGAAGCUUGGCAAUACUGUCAGCAGCAGUGGCUGUACCUCGAGGCCAUAUUUUCCGCUCCGGACAUCCAGAGGCAGCUGCCGAUCGAAGCCAAGCUAUUCAUCAUCGUUGACAAGUCUUUCAAGGAAAUCAUGAGAAAAACCGAAAAAAUGCCCUUGGCAUUGGAGAAUUGCACGCAGCCGAGUCUGCUCGAGGCACUCCUCGAAAACAACCGCAAACUCGAUCAGAUACUCAAGUGCCUGGAGGCGUACCUCGAGACGAAACGCGUAGCGUUCCCACGCUUCUUUUUCCUCUCCAACGACGAAAUGCUCGAAAUCCUCGCUCAAACGCGCGAUCCACACGCGGUGCAGCGUCACCUGCAAAAGUGCUUCGACGCGAUCUAUCGCCUGGAAUUUGCCGGCCAGCUGCCAGGUGCCGAGGGAUCUUCGAACGAUAUUUUGGCCAUGCUAUCGCCGGAAAGCGAGCGGGUCGAGUUGACUAAAGGUCUCAAGGCUCGGGGCAACGUCGAGGACUGGUUGGGCAAGGUCGAGACCGCGAUGUUUGCCAGCCUCAAGAAGAGGAUGCAGGAGGCUAUGGUGGACUACGCGAAAAUGGGCCGCAAGUUCGUCAUAUCGAAUUACCCGUCCCAGGUAGUUUUGACGGCGUCCCAGAUAUACUGGGCGAGGGACGUGCACGUGAACUUGGAGUCGGGCGACAACGCCGAGAGGAACAUGAAAAAGUUCGAGAAGAAGUGUUACGAGAAUCUGAACGAACUCGCAGCUCUGGUGCGGGGUGAACUGCCCAAACUGGUGCGCGAAGUGAUAAUCAACCUGAUAACCGUGGAUGUGCACGCCCGCGACACCAUAUCGAUUCUAGUGGAGAACAAAGUCUCGUCCAGCUCGAGCUUCGACUGGACGAAAGCCUUGCGCUACUACUGGGACAACAAGGCCGAUCGGUGUGUCGCGCGAAUGAGCAACGCGGAGUACGCGUACGGGUACGAGUACCUCGGGGCUCAGAGACGCCUUGUCAUCACUCCUCUCACCGACAAGUGCUACCUUUGUCUCAUGGGCGCGCUCCAGUUGGAUCUAGGGGGAGCACCCGCGGGACCGGCCGGCACGGGGAACGAAACGACGAAGGAUCUGGCCAAAGCGCUGGCCAUCCAGUGCGUCGUCUUCAAUUGCUCCGAAGGACUCGACUACAAGAUGAUGGGCCGAUUCUUCUCGGGUCUCGCGACCUCCGGGGCUUGGUGUUGCUUCGACGAGUUCAACCGCAUCGAUAUCGAGGUCCUGUCCGUCAUAGCGCAGCAGCUGAUAACAAUAAGAAACGCCAAAGUCGCUCGAGCUAAGGAAUUCAUGUUCGAGGGUCGAAAAAUAAAGCUGGUGAGAACUUGCGCGGCGUUUAUCACGAUGAACCCGGGAUACGCUGGGCGCACGGAGCUGCCCGACAACCUGAAAUCCCUCUUCCGCCCCAUUUCGAUGGCGGUGCCAAAUUACCAGCUCAUCGCCGAGGUGACUCUGUACUCGGAGGGCUUCGAGUCCUCGAAAUCGUUGGCCAAGAAAAUGACCCUCAUGUACACCCUCUGCAGCGAACAGCUGUCCCAACAAGAUCAUUACGACUUUGGCAUGCGGGCCGUGAAGAGCGUGCUCGUGAUGGCCGGGAGCUUGAAGCGCGACAACCCCGACAAGCCGGAGGACGUAGUUUUGAUACGAGCGCUGCGAGACAGCAACCUCCCGAAGUUCCUGACGGACGACGCCGAGCUAUUCCAAGGUAUCCUGUGCGACCUGUUUCCCGGCAUCGUCCUUGCCAAAGAGGACUACGGUGUGCUCCAACAGACGGCCGUCAAAGUGAUGCAAGAAGCAGGCCUGCAACCCGAGGCUUGCUCGAUCAAGAAAAUCAUCGAGCUGCACGAGACCAUGCGGGUGAGGCACGGAGUCAUGCUGGUCGGCCCGACCGGAGGCGGCAAAUCCACCGUGCUGCGGAUGCUCAAGGACACGUACACGCGGCUGCACGAGAUGGAGGUUCCGAGUCCUUACUACAAGAAGGUCAACAUGUACGUUUUGAAUCCCAAAGCUGUGACGAUCGGAGAGUUGUACGGCGAGGUCAGCCCGGCAACCGGCGAGUGGCACGAUGGCUUGCUCGGCAACAUUAUCCGGCACGCUUGUUCUGCUACGACGGAUGAGCACCAGUGGUGCGUGUGCGACGGCCCGGUAGACGCGGUGUGGAUAGAAAACAUGAACACGGUCCUCGACGACAACAAGAUGCUGUGUCUGGCCAACUCCGAGAGGAUCAAGUUCACGCCUUACGUGCACAUGGUCUUCGAAGUCGCCGAUUUGGCCCAAGCUUCGCCGGCUACGGUCAGUCGUUGCGGAAUGGUGUACCUCGACCCUACGGAGCUCAAGUGGCUGCCACGCGUCAAAAGCUGGCUCGCUCGGAUGGCCGAGAGGAUCGCGAAAAAAGAGGUUUUGGCCCUUUUGCUCGACCUCUUUCAGAAUUAUGUCGAGAACGGACUGAAAUUCUUUAAAAAGCACUGCGACCACGCCAUAUCGCAGGUCGACAUCAGCAAGGUCGACACGCUGUGCGCGCUUCUAGAGAGCUUACUUCUCGAGACGGACGUGAUCGAAAAGACGUUGGAUCAAUCGAGAGUCAAGACGUUUGUCAACCAAGCGUUUGUCUUCUCGUACCUGUGGGCCGUGGGUGGCAACGCGCUCGACAGUUCCCGCGAAACCUUCGAGCUCUACGUCAGGGACCAAUUCGAAAACAACAUGGAGGCGCGCCUGCCGUCGUCGGGCAGUCUGUGGGAUAUGUUCGUCAACAGCGCCGAGCAGCGCAUGGAGGUCUGGCUGAAGCUCAUGACGGCCUUCGCCUACGACCCCCAGCAGCCGUUCUUCGAGAUCCUCGUGCCUACCGUCGAUACGGUCCGUUUCGGCUACAUCAUGCAGAAGCUCGUCCAAGUGAACAAGCCGGUCUUCUUCACCGGCGGCACCGGUGUGGGAAAAUCGGUGAUCGCCAAACUCGUUCUGAGCGCGCUCGAGGGGUCGGGCGUGUGGCUCCCGAUAGUCUUGAACUUCUCGGCGCAGACGGGCAGCGGCCGCACUCAGGAGAUCCUCGAGUUGAAGCUCGAGAAGAAACGGCGCACGGCACUGGGCGCCCCGAUCGGCAAGCGCGUCUGUCUGUUCGUCGAUGACGUUAACAUGCCGAAAUUGGACACCUACGGCUCCCAGCCGCCGAUCGAGCUGCUCAGGCAAGUCCUUGACUCCGGUGGGCUGUACGACAGAGACAAACUCUUUUGGAAGGACAUCGAGGACGUGGUAUUGGCCACAGCUUGCGCGCCACCCGGUGGAGGAAGGAACCCCCUGACCUCUCGGUUCGUCCGCCACUUUGGAAUGCUCGUCAUACCCUCUCCGACUGAAGAUUCCCUCAAGGCCAUAUUUAGAACAAUCUUGAGAGGCUUCCUGAAGGACUUUGCCCCACCGGUGAUGAGCAGCGGUGACAAAGUAGUCGCCGCCGCGGUCGAGGUGUACGGCCGCAUAGCUGUCGAUCUUUUGCCGACUCCCGAAAAGAGCCACUACAUCUUUAAUUUGCGAGAUCUGUCAAAGUGCGUGCAAGGAAUCAUGCAGGCCGACAUGGGAGUCGUCACCGAAGCCAAACAGAUGUUCAGGUUGUUCUACCACGAAUGCCUGCGCGUCUUCCAUGACCGGUUGACCGAUACGUCGGACAAGAGCUACUUUUACCGUAUGCUGUCGAGCGUGUGCUCGGGCACCUUCGGCGACGACGUGCUCGAGCUCCCGGAGGACAACGCCAAGCUGGGCUCGCAGCCGCCGCAGCUGCUAUUCGGCGAUUUCCUGGUGUUCGGGGCGGCGCGCGAGGACCGCUUCUACGAGGAGAUAGUCGAGCUGUCGCGCGCCAGGGCAGCCCUUCAGGAGUACCUCGAGGACUACUGCAUCGUCUCGGGCAGGGAGAUGAGCCUCAUAUUUUUCGUCGACGCGAUCGAGCACCUGUGCCGGCUGGCGAGGAUACUGAGAUCCGAGAGGGGCAACGGCUUACUCGUCGGCGUCGGUGGCAUGGGCAAGCAGAGCUUGACGAGGCUGGCCUCGCACGUCAACGGGUAUCGUUGCCAACAGAUCGAAAUCAGCCGGGGGUACGACAAGAACUCGUGGAACGAGGACCUGCGCCGGUUUUACUUUGGUCCCGGAGCCCUUGCCGAGCCGGCGACUUUUCUCUUCACCGACACGCAGAUCGUCAUGGAGGAGUUUCUCGAGGACAUCAACAACACUUUGAACUCUGGCGAGGUGCCGAACCUGUUCGAAGCGGAAGAGCUGGAGCGGGCGAUCAUAGCUACCCGGCCGGCGGCCAAGGAAGCCGGUAUCGCGGAAUCGAAUCGCGACGCUAUCUACCAGUUCUUCAUAAACCGGGUCAGGAAUAAUCUGCAUCUGAUGUUGUGCAUGAGCCCCGUGGGCGACGCUUUCAGGCGUCGCUGUCGCAUGUUUCCGUCCCUGGUGAACUGUUGUACGAUCGACUGGUUCUCCAAGUGGCCGAACGAAGCUUUGCGCUCCGUGGCCGUCAAGUCCAUAGAGAUCGUCAUUCCCGACGAGCCAGAAAAGGUCGAAGCUUUGGCUUCAAUUUGCGUUUUGAUGCACGAGAGCGUGGAAGUGAUGACGGUGAGAUUCUUCGAGGAGAUGCGCCGUAGGUACUACACGACGCCGAGUAGCUACUUGGACCUGCUGAAACUCUACCUGAGCACCUUGAAUCGCAAAAGAACGCAACUGGAUACUCUGAGGGGCCGGAUCGUCAACGGGUUGAACAAAAUUAAGGAGACGAACGUCUCGGUGGCGGUGAUGAAGAAACAACUGAUCGAGCUCGGGCCGCUGCUAAAAACGAGCUCGGAGGAGGUGUCGAAGCUGAUGAAGGUCGUGGCGAAGCAGCAAAUCGAGUGCGACAAGGUCCGGACCGUCGUCGCCGAAGACGAGGCAGCCGCCAAGGCAGUGGCGGACGAGACAGCAGCUCUCGAGUCGGAGGCGAGGAGGGACCUGGAGGCAGCACUCCCGGCGCUUGACGAGGCCCAGGCUGCCCUCGCGGCUCUCAACAAGAACGACAUCAACGAGAUCAAGGUGUUCAACAAGCCGCCCCAAUUAGUGCGCUUCGUCAUGGAAGCCGUUUGCUUGCUCCUAGGAGAAAAGACGGACUGGCCGACGGCUAAACUCGUGCUCGGCGACGUGCGUUUCCUGGACCGGCUGAUGGCCUACCAAAAGGACGAGAUCAGUGACAAGCUGCUGAAGAAGCUUCAAGUGUACACGAUGCACAAAGACUUUCUCCCGGAGAUCGUGGCCAAACAGAGCAAAGUCUGCAAGUCCAUUUGCAUUUGGGUGCGAGCUGUCGACGGAUACGCCAAGAUCUUCCGCGUGGUCGAGCCUAAGCGGAAAAAACUGGAGGAGGCUCAGAUCGAGCUGCAGGCGAUCGAGGUCGUGCUCCGCGAGAAACAGAAGCAGUUGGCCGACGUCGAGAAACAGAGCAAGGACCUGCAGAACCAGUACAACGGGGCUGUGAAGCGACUAGGCGAUCUCGAGUACAACAUCAAGCUGGGCGAGGCUCGGCUUGGCAGAUCCGGCAGGUUGACCUCGGCUCUCGCCGACGAGGAAGUCCGAUGGAACGAAUUGACGAUCGGAUUCGAAAAAGAGUUGGACUGCAUGGCGGGCGAUACCCUCGUCGCCGCGGGUGGCCUGGCUUACUUGGGUGCCUUCACGAGUGUCUACCGCGAGGAACUGCUGGCCGUGUGGCUGUCGCGCUGCAGGGAGCAGUCCAUCCCCACCACAAACAACUUUAGUCUCUACUCGGUACUCGGUGAUCCCUACGAGCUGCGACAGUGGAACGCUUGCGGACUGCCCAGGGACCAGGUCAGCGCGGAGAACGCGAUCUUGGUCACUCAAGCGGGACGCUGGCCCCUCAUGAUAGAUCCCCAGGAGCAGGCGAACCGAUGGAUCCGCAGCCUGGAGGGGCCGAAUCAGCUGAAGGUGUGCAAAAUGACGGACUCGAGCUUCAUGAGGAUCAUCGAAGCUUGCCUCAGAACAGGAGCGCCGAUUCUACUGCAGGAGGUCGGUGAGAGCCUCGACCCGAGCUUGGAGCCGAUACUACUGAAGCAGACUUUCGUGCAGGCCGGACGGACGCUCAUCCGGUUGGGCGACAACGACGUGGAGUACGACAAUAACUUCCGCCUGUACAUCACCACGAAGAUGGCGAAUCCUCACUAUCUGCCGGAGAUCUGUAUAAAGGUGACGAUCGUCAAUUUCACAGUCACACCAAGCGGGCUGGAAGAUCAACUGUUGGCCGACGUGGUGCGCCUGGAGAAGCCAGAGCUCGAGAGUAUGCGCAACGAGCUGGUGGCCCAGAUAAACGCUGACAAGAGCCAGCUGAAGGGCAUCGAGGACCGAAUCCUGACGCUGCUCUUUAGCACGGAGGGCAACAUCCUCGACAACGAGGAGCUGAUCGAGACGUUAAACGAGAGCAAGGAAACCUCGUCGAUAAUAGCCUCGAGGCUGGUGGACAGCGAGGCCACGGAAAAAGAGAUAAGCACGGCUCGCGAGGGAUACAGAAGCGUCGCCAGCCACGGCUCGGUUCUGUACUUUGUCGUCGCGAGUCUCGCCCUCGUCGAUUCGAUGUAUCAGUUCUCGCUCAAGUACUUCAAUCAGGUCUUCAACAACGUCAUAGAGACGAGCGAAAAGACGGAGGAGCUUACGGAACGGCUGCAAAUUCUCUACGACGAGAUAACCCUGUCGGUCUACACGAACGUCUCGCGCGGGCUCUUCGAGCGCCACAAAAUCGUCUUCAGCUUCAUGAUGAACGUGGCGAUACUCAUAAACGACGGCACCAUCGAUUACGCGCAGUGGAACUUUUUGCUUCGGGGACCCGAGCAAAUCCGGACGGACAAGAAGCCGGAUUAUCCGACGCUUACCGAUAACAUGUGGAUCUCGGCCAACUACCUGGUAGCGAGCUUCGAGAGCUUUGAAAAGCUCAUGGACGACAUGUUCAAAAAAAUCAGAGUGAAGAUCGAGAUUUACGAAGAAGAGAUCAACGUUCUACCGCAAAACAGCGCGAGAGCGCAAAACGACUGGGACGCUUCGCUGACGGACAUUGAAAAGUUGAUGCUGCUGAAGGCGCUGAAGGAGGAGAAGCUCAUUUUUGCGAUCACGUCCUUCGUCAAGAAAAACCUCGGCCAGAGGUUCAUCGAGUCGCCGAUGAUAUCGCUGCCCGUUCUGUUCCCCGACACGUCGAAAGUGACGCCCUUGGUGUUCGUUCUGAGCACGGGCUCGGACCCUUUUAGCGCCUUCCUAAAGUUCGCCAACGAAAUGAAUUUCAGCGACAGGUACGAGGCUAUCUCUUUGGGCCAGGGCCAGGGUCCGAUCGCCGAGUCCCUGAUAAAGCGUGGCUGCGAACAGGGUAGCUGGGUCUUCUUGCAAAACAGCCACCUGGCGACUUCGUGGAUGCUCUCGUUGGAGGCGAUAGUCGCGGAGAUCGCCGAGAUGCCGGAGCGCGUGCACGAGGACUUCCGGUUGUUUCUGAGCUCGAUGCCCAGCCCGGGCUUUCCCGUGUCGGUGCUGCAGAAUUCGGUCAAGGUGACCAACGAGCCGCCCAAGGGACUCAAGGCCAACGUCAGGAGGGCUUUCUUUGAGCUCGAGGAGGACUUCUUUGAGGAUCAUGAACUGGAGGACAGUUGGAGGCGCAUGAUCUUCGGGGUCUGCUUCUUCCACGCCAUCAUACAGGAGAGAAAGAAGUUUGGGCCGCUCGGCUGGAACUUGACCUACGAGUUCAGCGACAAUGACCGGGAAUGCUGUCUGUUGAACUUGAAGAUGUUUUGCGUGGACGAGACAGUUCCCUGGGACGCUCUGAUUUACACAACUGGGGAGAUCACGUACGGCGGAAGAAUCACCGACAACUGGGAUCUGCGCUGCUUGAAGACCAUCCUCGACGGCUUCUUUUCGCCAAAGAUUCUCGAGCCAACUUACGUGUACUCGCCGUCUGGAACGUACUACUGUCCAAGUUACGAAAAACUCGGGGAAUACCGCGAGUUCAUCGACGAGUUUCCCAUUAUCGAAGAUCCCGAAAUUUUCGGCAUGCAUGAGAACGCAAAUAUCGCGUAUCAGCUGAAAGAAUCUAAAACUGUGUUGGAAACCAUCAUGGACGUCCAGCCAAAAGUGGGCAUCGGAAAGGAAGGGAAAUCGGACGCGGAAGUCGCUUACGAAUUGGCCGACUUGAUAAUGGAAAAAAUCGCCCUGAAAAUAGACAUCGACACUUGCAAUCUUCGACACUUAAAAAAAGACAGUGCAGGUCGGCUGCCAUCCCUCACAGUCGUUUUACUGCACGAAGUUGAGCGGUACAACAUUCUUUUGUCGAAAAUUCACACGUCCAUGGAGAAUUUACAGAGGGCCAUCAAAGGGUUUGUUGUCAUGUCCGAGGAGCUUGAAAACGUCUUCAGAUCCCUAGUCAACAAUCAAGUACCCCAAAUAUGGCACAAUUUGAAUGUCUACCCUUCGCUCAAAAGCUUAGGCAGCUGGAUCAGAGAUUUGGAGCUCAGGAUCGAUUUCAUUAAUGUCUGGUUAACCGACAGAAAGCCGAUGUCGUUCUGGAUAUCAGGUUUAUCUUUUCCGCAGGGAUUCAUAACUGGGAUGCUGCAAACGCAUGCCAGGAAAUACAACAUCCCCAUAGAGCAGCUGAAACUGGACUUCAAAGUUUCUGAUGUGUUUCUCGAUCAGGAAAACAUUGAGUUGGCACAUAAAAAGGCCGGGAAAGAUGUAAGAUGCAUUUACAAAAGUUUAGAGGAACCAGCAGAUGGACUGUACAUACACGGUCUUUUCAUUGAUGCAGGCAGAUGGGAUCCAAAGUUAAAGGUUCUCGUAGACGCUAACAAAGGCGAAAUGAAUCCACCAUUACCGGUUGUGCACAUCCUUCCGGUACUUGCUACACCAGAAAACGAUCCGCGAUACGUCAGUCCUUUGUACAAAACUAGCAUUCGUGCUGGAGUACUGUCAACCACUGGACAUAGUACAAACUUUGUUAUGCCUGUGCUGAUACCGUCUUCUCGACAGCAGGCUUAUUGGAUACUAAAAGGAACUGCCUUACUGAUUCAGAUAACGAAUUAG